CCUGAAUUGACAAAUUUUCCUGAUUUGCUGCUACGUACGGCGACGGACGGUUGAUCUCGCGAUCCGAUAAUGGAAGGAGAUCUGCGUUUCGUGCUUCACGCUGCAUGGUUGUGAGGGAACGAAGAAGACGACAAAGUUCCACUUGCUUCUUCAAAACAAGUGAUGAUGGCGGUGACUUCGGCCUGCAAAGACAGUAAAAUGGGGAUGGACAAUGGGAAAUAUGUGAGAUACACGCCGGAGCAGGUCGAAGCCCUUGAAAGGCUCUACCAUGAAUGCCCAAAACCCAGUUCUCUUCGCCGUCAACAGCUGAUUAGGGAAUGCCCCAUUCUCUCAAACAUUGAGCCGAAGCAGAUCAAAGUUUGGUUUCAGAACCGAAGAUGUAGAGAGAAGCAGAGGAAAGAGUCAUCGCGCCUCCAAGCUGUGAAUAGGAAGUUGACGGCGAUGAAUAAGCUGUUGAUGGAGGAGAACGAUAGGUUGCAGAAGCAAGUUUCACACUUGGUGUAUGAGAACAGCUAUUUUCGCCAACAAACUACUCAGAAUGUGACCCUUGCCACCACAGACACUAGCUGUGAAUCGGUAGUGACUAGUGGUCAGCGCCAUCUGACUCCUCAGCGCCCACCAAGGGAUGCAAGUCCUGCAGGACUUAUGUCCAUUGCAGAGGAGACUUUAACAGAGUUUCUAUCAAAGGCCACUGGAACUGCUGUGGAGUGGGUCCAAAUGCCUGGGAUGAAGCCUGGUCCGGAUUCCAUUGGAAUCAUCGCUAUUUCUCAUGGUUGCACUGGUGUAGCAUCACGUGCAUGCGGCCUUGCGGGUCUAGAACCUACAAGAGUUGCUGAACUCCUCAAAGAUCGGCCUUCAUGGUUUCGUGAUUGCCGGGCUGUGGAUGUUCUUAAUGCCUUGUCUACUGGGAAUGGUGGAACCAUUGAACUGCUUUACAUGCAGCUGUAUGCGCCAACUACCUUGGCGCCAGCUCGUGAUUUCUGGUUAUUGCGCUAUACAUCAGUUUUGGAGGAUGGUAGCCUUGUGGUAUGUGAAAGAUCACUGAACAACAUUCAGAAUGGUCCCAGUAUGCCACCUGUGCAGCCUUUUGUGAGAGCAGAAAUGCUGCCAAGUGGGUAUCUGAUAAGACCCUGUGAAGGGGGUGGUUCAAUUAUUCAUAUAGUUGAUCAUAUGGAUUUAGAGCCAUGGAGUGUGCCUGAAGUGCUGCGUCCAUUGUAUGAGUCAUCUACGUUACUUGCACAGAGGACAACAAUGGCGGCUUUACGCCAGCUGAGACAGAUUUCCCAAGAGGUCUCCCAGGUGACUGUUAGUAACUGGGGGAGGAGACCUGCAGCUCUGCGUGCACUGAGCCAGAAAUUAAGCAAAGGUUUCAAUGAAGCUGUAAAUGGAUUCACAGAUGAGGGAUGGUCUAUGACUGAAAGUGAUGGUAUUGAUGACGUUACUGUUCUUGUCAACUCAUCUCCUAGCAAAAUGAUGAGUGCAAAUCUCUCUUAUGCCAAUGGAUUUCCAUCUGUGAGCAGUGCAGUGCUGUGUGCCAAAGCUUCGAUGCUUUUACAAAAUGUUCCUCCUGCAAUACUUCUGAAGUUCUUGCGGGAACACCGAUCAGAAUGGGCAGACAGUAGCAUUGAUGCUUACUCCGCUGUUGCUGUUAAAGCUGGUCCUUGUAGUUUGCCAGUGUCUCGAACUGGAAGUUUUGGUGGGCAGGUUAUUCUUCCAUUGGCUCACACCAUUGAGCAUGAAGAGUUCAUGGAAGUCAUUAAGCUGGAAAAUAUGGAUCACUAUCGAGAGGACAUGAUUAUGCCUAAUGACAUAUUCCUUUUGCAACUUUGCAGCGGAGUGGAUGAGAAUGCCAUCGGCACCUGUGCAGAACUCAUCUUUGCUCCAAUUGAUGCCUCUUUCUCGGAUGAUGCUGGUGCACCUCUUCUACCAUCUGGUUUCCGCAUCAUUCCUCUUGAUUCUGGAGCUGAUGCCUCUAGUCCAAAUCGUACACUUGACCUAGCAUCUGCUCUUGAGGUUGGACCAGCUGGAAACAAGGCAUCUGGUAGUAGCUCCAGACACUGUGGGAGUGCAAAAUCAGUUAUGACAAUAGCAUUUCAGUUUGCAUAUGAAACCCACCUUCAAGAAAAUGUAGCUGCUAUGGCUCGGCAGUAUUUGAGAAGUAUUAUAUCCUCUGUUCAGAGGGUGGCAUUGGCACUCGCUCCUUCUGGUUUUGGUUCCCACGUUGGUUUGCGGCCAACACCAGGAACUCCUGAGGCGCAGACACUUACUCGUUGGAUCUGUCAAAGCUAUAGGUACUUUUUAGGUGCGGAGCUACUCAAAGCCGUUAGUGAUGGAAGUGAAACCAUCCUCAAAACAAUUUGGCAUCACCCGGAUGCUGUGAUGUGUUGCUCUUUGAAGGAAUUGCCGAUUUUCACAUUUGCAAAUCAGGGGGGACUUGAUAUGCUGGAGACAACCUUGGUUGCACUUCAAGACAUUACAUUGGAAAAGAUUUUUGAUGAUCAUGGCAGAAAAACUUUAUAUGCCGAGUUCCCCCAGAUUAUGCAGCAGGGUUUUACUUGUUUUCAAAGUGGUAUCUGCUUGUCAAGCAUGGGGAGGCCGGUCUCUUAUGAGAGAGCAGUAGCUUGGAAGGUGUUGGAUGAGGAAGAGAAUGCUCACUGCAUCUGCUUCAUGUUUAUCAACUGGUCUUUUGUUUGACUCUCUGAACAGUAUGUAGGAUUUAGAACAAAGCUAUAGAUUAGAGCAUCUAUUUUUCCUUUGUACCUCAAAUUCUAUAAUAUUUAAGCAAUCUGCAGGCAACUGGAGUUAUUUUUUGUCAUGAAUACACUUGUGGCUUGUUUAUCCUUGUGGAUUUUGUGCUUCUGAU